AUGACUGCUCUUCAUGAAAUUCUUAAAAAAAUCAUACUUGAUUCUCUAAGAACAGUUCAACCACCAAAUGGUUGGAAGGUGAUGGUGGUAGAUGCUCCCUCUUUAAAGAUUAUAGAAUCAGCUUGUAAAAUGUAUGACAUUCUUGAAGAAAAAGUUACUUUGGUGGAAAAUAUUGAAAAAACUCGUCAACCUUAUCCACAACUUGAAGCAAUUUAUUUGUUAUCACCAACCAAUGAAUCUAUCGAUGGAAUUAUAGUAAAAAAUAUACACCAUGCAAUUCCUCGUAUAUGUUUUAUUCGAUCUUCGUUUAUAAAUUGCAUUGGUUUCAAUGCUCUUACAACUGGACUUCUAAAUGUUACUUCUUCACCUCCAAGCGGUGGCGAUCACGUUUAG